UUUGUUUCAAAGCCAAGGGGCUGGGCUAAACUGCUGGAGCAAGGCAGGAAGUUUAUAAAAAGAAGUUACCCUGUGUGUGCAUUGGUUUUUUGUGCAUUCAGAUCCCGCUCAUUUCAAUCUGCACUCACCACUCCCCAGGCUGUAAGAAUGCAACCUUUCCAGGCAGCUCCAGGUCAGUUUGGGCCCGAGGCCAGGGAACCAGGGCUACGAGGCUGGAGGGUGGAGAAGAUGAAGGCCGUUCCACUGGAACCCUCCGAGCUGGGGGCCUUCUUCAACGGGGACUCCUACCUGGUGCUGAGCAACAGAGGAGAGGAGGGGGCUGAUCUGCACAUGUGGCUCGGUGAGAAGUCCUCGCGUGACGAGCAGGUGGCCUGCGCCAUGUUGGCGACACAGCUGGACAACUUCCUGGGCGGGGACCCUAUCCAGCAUCGGCAAGUCCAGGGCUACGAGUCACCUGAGUUCAUGAGCCUCUUUCCCAGAGGAGUCAGCUAUAAGGAGGGCGGUGUGGAGUCAGGGUUCCGCAAGACACCAUGUGGUUCUGGUCCAGUCCACAGGUUGUACCAGAUCAAGGGCAAGCGGAAUAUUCGAGCUAAGGAGGUCGAGCUCACCUGGGCAAGUUUUAACAAGGGAGACUGCUUCAUUCUUGACAUGGGAGAGACCAUUAUUUCCUGGAUUGGCUCCCAGGCCAACGUCUUUGAGAAACAGAAGGUGCGUGAGAUCGCAACCCUGAUUCGUGACACAGAGAGGCAUGGGAAGGCCCGCAUCACAGAUGUCAAUGAAGGAGAGGAAACACCAGAGAUGCUGAAGGUGCUGGGUCCAAUGACAGGUCUGAAAGAGGAAAACUCCGAAGCUGACUCCGAAGCUGACUCCAAAGCUAGCUCUGCCUCUCUGUACAAGGUGUCUGAUGCCACAGGAUCAAUGAAGCUGACCAAAGUGUCAGAGAAAAGCCCAUUUCAGAAGGACCUCCUGGUGCGUGAUGACUGCUUUAUCCUGGACAAUGGAAACAAUGGCAAGAUCUUUGUCUGGAAAGGGAGUGGAGCCAAUGCAGAAGAGAAGAAAGAGGCUCUAAAGAUGGCUGAUGACUUCAUCCAACAGAUGAACUAUCCCAAGAUGAAAACACAGGUGGAGAUCCUUCCCCAGGGCAGAGAGAGGGUCAUUUUCAAGCAGUUCUUUAAGAACUGGGACUGAAGUCACCCAUAACCAAAGCAUUUCCAUGCAUGUCCCACCUUCGUCAAAUAAACAGCAAGCAAUAUUAUUCUUACUGAUGUCAUGUU